AUGCGGGGCGAGAUUGCUCGGCGCAAGCGCGAUGGCCAUCGCUUCGUGAUAUUUUCGGAGGUGAUAGCGGCUAUUCGAGCGAACAGCCCCGCUGUCAAGCCAACACAUCAAGCGAAGUUAGGGGUAUCCGUCUGCUUCCGUUUCACUGGCGUCACGCGGGUUCAUCCGAGCACGAUCACCCCUUCUCUGCGUGCAGUGUUUUCGGUUCGCAUCGCCGAAAACAUGACGCAGGAACAGCUCCAAAGGUUCCUCACGUGGAUGGAGACCCUCCCACCUGCGUACACCAUAGAACUCGACGGGAUCUACAGCACAACCUCGACUCUCCUCAUCUUCCAGAGCGCAUAUGCGCUGUUCGCGGAUCUUGCUGGCUAUCCUGGUGUCACCUUUAUCUCGGAUGUGACAAGCCCGAACCGUCGUAAAUAUCUCGACGAAGAGCAGUGA